CAGACUGCAGUCUGCAGCUCUGGAGCGACAUGAGCGCCUCUCUGUCACUCGUCCCCGUCUCUUGUCUUAUUAGCUCUUCUGGACUUUACUCCUUUUCUCUGGAUUUAUUCGCGCAUUCCUCCACAAAGCCGCACAUGCGUGGAGCGCUCACUUCCAUGGGAGCUGCUUUCACUCGAUCGCUGCUCUGAUUCCGAGAAGAUCCUCGUCUCCCACCGUCCUCAUGUUCAAGACGGUCAACUACCCGGUGGUGGACCCGGCCCCCUCCAUCAUGCGCGGCACUUGGCUGGCCUCGGGCUGUCGGGAAAACACGCCCGUGGCCGUGGAGAAGCCCAAGAAGAAGACGUUCAGCCUGAGCAAAAUCAUGUCCAUGAGCAACAAGAAGCCGCAGCAGAGCAAGCCGCCCAGCUACAACAACAACAUGCCCUUCUCCAUCCACUGUCACAUUGGGAAGGAGAUCAAGCACAUUUGCAGCAACUGCAGCCGUGGAAACGACACGCAAGACGCUGAAGAGGUCGAGAGGUUGGCCGUCAUGCGUUCCGAGUCCCUAGUUUCUGGAGCUCACACCCCACCCAUCCGCUGUCAGAGCAAGUUUGCCAAUCUGGGACGCCUCCUCAAACCCUGGAAGUGGAGGAAGAAGAAGAGCGAGAAGUUCAAGCAGACGUCAGCUGCUCUGGAGAGGAAGAUGUCCAUGCGACAGAGUCGAGACGAGCUAAUAAAGAGAGGAGUUCUGAAGGAGAUAUUUGAAAAAGCUACAGUUGAGUUCAGGUCGUCCAUGGACAACGGCAUCUGCGUCCAGGAGCCUCAGCUGAAGUCGUCGAUGGUCCUCCCGACCAAGAAGUCGGUCACGUACGCCUCUGAUCACCAGGAGACUCCGGCCAAGCCGCCGCUUUACCACAAGCAGCCUCCGGCUCUUCCCCCGAAGCCUUUCUCAAGGAUCCCAAACCAUAGCACAGAUUCUUGCCAACAGUUGAAGUUCUCGUCUCUGCCCGGGGGGAAGCACUCGCCUCCACUGCCGCCCAAGAAAGUCAUGAUCUGCGUGCCUCCGGGAGGACGGGAGUCCACCGCUUCGCCCUCCCCGAACCCCCUCACCCAGAAGUGUGCCGCCCCCCAGGGCUUGCCAAAUCACCACGGCACGUUGCUGCCCUCGCAGCUGGCCUGUCUGUCGGGCCUCCACCAGAGUCACGGCCACCCACUGCAGCUCCAGUACGGGAGCUUGCACCCGCCCAGUCGGAUCAUCGAGGAGCUGAACAAGACCCUGGCGCUCUCCAUGCAGAGGUUUGAAAGCUCUUUGUUGCACAGCAGUAGUUCCUGUGGCCCUCUGGACCGGAGAGAAAUUCCGUCUGUGAUCAUCGACUACGAGGACGACAAGGAGAAUAUGCCGAACGAGUCCGACUACGAAGACCUGCCCAGCAUGUACAAGGACGAGGACGACGUCGACGAUGAUGACGACGAUGAUGAAGAUGACGACUCAAUAUUUUCAAGCUCGUUGGCGCAGAAGGUGCUGAGGAAGGACUCCCUGGCCAUCAAGCUGAGCAACCGUCCGUCCAAGCGAGAGCUGGAGGAGAAAAACAUCCUGCCGAUGCAGACAGAUGAGGAGAGGCUGGAGUCCAGGCAGCAGAUAGGCACCAAGCUCACUCGGCGCUUGAGUCAAAGGCCCACGGCGGAGGAGCUGGAGCAGAGGAACAUCCUCAAACCUCGCAAUGAACAAGAGGAGAUGGAGGAGAAGAGGGAGAUCAAACGGAGGCUAACGCGCAAGCUGAGCCAGAGGCCCACAGUGGAGGAGCUGAGACAGGCCAAGAUUCUCAUCCGGUUCAGCGACUAUGUGGAGGUCUCGGACGCGCAGGACUAUGACCGGAGAGCGGAUAAGCCCUGGACCCGACUCACGGCCGCCGACAAGGCGGCCAUACGCAAGGAGUUGAACGACUUCAAGAGCAAUGAGAUGGAAGUGCACGAGUCCAGCCGCCAUUUAACCAGGUUCCACAGACCAUAAUAGACCAGCACUGUCUCCCUCCUCAAGUGCAGGACUGUAAUUUGGUGCCCGUUUCUACAACAAGGCCAUGACUUCAGAAUUGCCUUUUAUUUUUCCAAGACCCAAACUGCGUCGGUACUGCGGCCAAGAUCCAGAACCCCCACCCCCCACAGCCCCCUCUCCACUCUCACCCCAUUGUAUUUACUACCGUCGUUCACCAGUGGAUUCACACGUCACCACCAGGAGCGUCUCUCUUAUAUAAGCCUCUGGAAACAGCAGAGAAAUCAUGUGCAAUAGUUCCUCUCCCUCCGCUUCUCCUCGGCUAUAGCGCCACCCGGAGGUCUCUCUGUGUCACACGUAAACGUACCGACAAUGUUAUUCGCUUAACUGUGAACCCAGGAGUUCCAUCUCCUGAUGUACAUUUUGUUUAUAUCCUUCAAGAAACACUCAUGCUUGACAAAUUUUGAUGUAAAAAAAAAGCUGCAGCUGGCUGACGUCCAGUUCGUCUGUUUUAUAUUAUUUUAUUUUUUAAUUUGAUGAUAACUGGCGUCUGGUUCGGGGCGCCGUUGUUUUGGACUUGACAACCAUUGCGUUUUUGUAUUUUGAGUUCUUUGCUUUUGCUGUGCUUUGUAUGACACACUAGUCACCAUCCUGAGCUUUUUAAACAAGCAAUAUGUUUGUGGGUUUUUUGUUUUUUUUUUAAUUUUAUUUUCCCUGCUGGUUGGUACCGUGGCACUUCAGGGUUUUCUUUCUUUUAUAUACUUUACAUCAGGAAGGAUUGAUUCAGGACGACUUCUCCGACUGAGCCACUGAAUUUACCUGCCUCACCCGACGAUGCAUUCACAGUUCCCACAGAGAGACUCUGGAGGAGCUAAAUAUUCAUUGCACUGUUACAAAAAAAAGUCACUCUUUCUAAAGCCAAAAUAUUGACGUACCGUUUUUACUUUAGCACUAAAGUCGCAGAUCCUUCAACGUUUGUGUAAAUAUGACUUUUUUUAAAUGGAGUGGUGACAUGAAUCCCCCAGUGUUGGAUCGGGUGUUUAAUAUAAGGACUGUUUGUUUUCUAAGUGUCGAAUCAGCAGUUUUCAUUCUGCACUGGUCACUUUUUUUUUGUUCCCAAUUUCCAGUAGUCCACUUGAAAUUUUUGCCAAUUUCCACACCGAUUAUGUUACGGCAACAAGUUUUAAACGAGAUUAUAACAUGCUGUACAGGAUGAACAAUUACAUUUUGCUGACUUCAGCAAUAAUCUGCUUCCUUUCACGUCUCCUUUUUGUUUGUUUUUUUAUUUGUUUUGGGUUUUUUUUUUAAAGGGGGGAUGCUAUGUAAACAUUCUUCAUGCAAAUUAAAUUUAAUUUCCGAAUGUCUAUGUAUCAUGUGUAUUUUUAUUUUUCAGCUUCACCUGAGCAGACUGCAAUGAACAUUUGUGAUUACUUCAUUGUUGUUUUAUAAAACAAAAUUGAUGCAUCA